CUUCUGCUAUGUACAACGUUGUUUCUAAGUUGAAAAGGCAAGAAAGUUGAACAAGAGCAGUUGUUGGUUUUUGACUUGGAAACAGUCACAUAAUUAAGUCACCACUUAGCAGACAUCCCACAAUUUUCACCCCAUUUGACAUUACUACAACGCCCCAUUUUUAUAACCAUAACAACCCACAUCACCUUUACUGACGACUUGAUCAGACGUGCGAACACAUCGCAGAAGAGUAAACUUUCUUUAGCUGUUUGCAAAUUCUCUCCCCCUCUUUCUGUCUACUUAAUUACCAAGCACUUUCCUUUUGUCUUUCUCUUUUCUUUCUAGUUCCUCUCCAUAUAAAAAUCUUUCCUUCUUGUUCACUUAAACACUCACUCAAUACCAAGAGAAAAAAGCCAUCCAAAACUAUCUCUUCAAUGGCUCUUGAAACGUUGAACUCUCCUACUUCAGCACCUCUAUUGAUUCACCAUGACGAUGUUGACCUCCACUGUGUUGAGCCAUGGACAAAGAGAAAAAGCAUGAAACGACCCAGAAUUGAAAACCCACAAACAGAGGAAGAAUACUUAGCUGUUUGCCUUCUCAUGCUGGCUCAGGGAACCACUACCAGAACCAGCCCUCAAACUGCAGCCAAAAACUCCCUCAGUAAUUACAAGUGUACAGUUUGUAACAAAGCAUUUCCAUCGUAUCAAGCUUUAGGAGGACACAAGGCCAGCCACAGGAAACUUGGUGGAACGGAUGAACACCCCACCACCACCACCACCACCGCUGCUGCCAGCAGAACCUCGGUGGCUACAAAUUCACCUCCCAUGAAUAACCCAGGUGGCAAGACUCACAUGUGUUCAAUUUGUUACAAGACGUUUUCUUCAGGUCAAGCCUUAGGAGGACAUAAGCGAUGCCACUACGAAGGCGGUAGUAAUAAUAACAGCAGCGAUGGUGGUAAAUCGUCGAGCCAAAGUCAACGUGACUUUGACUUGAAUUUGCCUGCUGGACCAGAGGAACCAAGUAAUAAUGACGUUGACCAAAAAGAUUAAUCUUCCGGCCACGAUGAAGAGGUUGAGAGUCCUUCGCCACCGGCAAAGCGCCGCAGCUGCCACGUUUGUUGAAUGUUGCAGUAAAAGAUUAGAUUUAGAUUAGGCGAAUGAUUGGAGUGGACUUUGCUGUUGUUUUUUUUUUUUUUUUUU